UUAAAGUUAUGCAUGGAUAACGAGUUAACAAUUUUUGAAUAAGAUGAUUUAGACAGAGAUAAAAUGACAUUCACAUUUUCUUGUGCUCGUAAAAAAGAGUCAGAUUCGAUAAAUGAUCAGGAACUUUCAGCUUUGGUAGGUCGACUUAUUUUUUCUGCAGGAGUUGAUGAUGAAGGACGGCCUCUUGUUGUUUUAAAUGCAUCUAAUUUUCCUGAUUCUAAAGUGGUUGAUUAUGAUGAACUUCUUCGGCGUAUGUUGCUUGUUAUGGAUACGUUCGUUGAUGAAAAUGAUUAUUCGGUAAUAUUGUUUGCAGGAGGUGUGCGGCACCGACCUAGAUGGAACUGGUUGUUUCAAGCGUAUCAGUCUCUUGGACGUAAGUAUCGGAAGUAUAUUAAAGUGCUUUAUAUUGUUCAUUCAACAUGGUGGAUUCGAGUUAUGUUGGAUUGUAUGAAUCAUUUAGUGAGUCCUAAAUUUUCUCAAAAGAUGAUUUACGUUUCUACGUUAAGUGAGCUGGCUAAGUUGGUACCAUUUCGGCAGAUUAAUGUACCUCCCGACGUAUAUGCUCAUAAUCUGAAAUACGAAUCGCAUGUUACCUUGUCCGAAAUGUCUUCUGAGUCUGUGUCUCAGAUGUUUGGAUUAAGCUUAUCACAGCUUAUGGGUAAUGAAGGUGAAAACGGUUUACCAAGAGUUGUGAAGGAUAUUUGUGCGUAUAUUAGAGAAGAAGCUUUAAUGGUGGAAGGAUUGUUUCGUCGAUCACCUUCUUCUAUUUUACUGAAACAAGUUCGUGAAGCGUAUGAUCGUGGCAAUCCCGUGAGAUUAUCUGAAUAUGGACCUCAUUUGGCUGCUGUUUUGCUGAAGCUUUAUCUUAGAUCUUUACCGGAACCUCUUUUUACGCAUAAUCUAUAUCCUCUUCUUAGAAAAAUAUCUCAUCAAUCUUCUUCUAAGAACAUUUUAUUUAUUCGAAAUACAUUACUUCCAAAGCUCUCUACACCAUCUGUUAUUCUUUUGGCUAAUGUGUGUUUAUUACUUCAUGAUGUUUCUUUACAUUCUAAGGAGAAUUUAAUGCAUCCACGUAAUCUUUCUAUUUGUAUUUCACCAACCCUUGUACGACAUCCAACAGAUCCUCUUCUUGAUGUUCAACUUUGUAAUCUUGGAGGUGGUCUUGGAAUGAUGAUGGUUAUUGCUAUUGAAAGUACAUAUGAUAUUUUUGAUUUUGUUUUUCCCUUAAAUCCAGAGAGUUUACAAUCUGAUAUUAUUCAAAAGAUUCCUGAAACUUCACCUAGUGGGAUGGAACAAAAGGUGUCUGAAACUUUACGUAGUGAGAUGGUACAAAAGAUUCCUGAAACUUCACCUAGUGGGAUGGAACAAAAGGUACCUGAAGCUUUACGUAAUGGGAUGGUACGAAAGAUACAUGAAACUUUACAUACCGAGAUACUACAAGAGAUUCCUGAAACUAUACAUACGGAGAUGGUACGGGAAGUUUUUGAAUCUUUUAUACCAAAUCUUGUAGAAUCUGCUCCUGUGUCAUAUCUUUCGCAAGUUUUUUCUUCAUCUCCUAUCUCAUGUGUAUCGUCUUUAACAUCGGAGCAAUCAAGAAAGUCUAUAUCUCUGCCUGAAUCACCUUUAUUUAAUGGUGUUUCUUCAUUAAAGCAUGAACCUAUAAAUGAAAGUUCUUUUUUAUUAACAAGUAAGCCUAAUAGGUCUUCAAAUUUAACAAUUAGAAGGCAGAAUCUUUCAUCUUUAUCUAAUCUUUCUCCUACUUGCCGAAGAUCUAAGACGACCUCUGUACAUGAGAUGUUUAAUUCUAAAUUAAGAUCUGGAAUCGAUAUAUCUCCUAAUGCAAAAUUUUCUUUAAUUGGAUCUAAUUCUUUAAAAGUGAAAACUGGUCUUGUGGAAAGUUUGAGGAAUUUAUAUGAAGAAAAAUCUAUCUUAAAGACUUCUAAAGAUUUUGAUGUUUCGAAAUUGCAAGGGAAACGUGUUAUUAUUUAA